AUGGACCUCGGCGUCUCUUUUCAGUUGGGCAUUUUUGGGCAAGAUAAUCAAAACCUGAAAGACUUGUGGUCCUCCAUCCUGAGCGAAGUUUCUACCCGGUCGCGAUCUAAGUUGCCAUCGGGCAAGAACAUUCUUGUUUUUGGUGAUGAUGGUUCAGGUAAAACCACGCUUAUGGCUAAAAUACAGGGAGCAGAGCAUGGGAAGAAAGGCAGAGGGCUGGAAUACUUGUAUCUGAAUAUUCACGAUGAAGACAGAGAUGAUCAUACUCGUUGUAAUGUUUGGAUUCUGGAUGGAGACCUAUACCAUAAAGGGCUAUUGAAGUUUGCGGUUUCUGCAGAAUCUCUGCAAGACACCAUUGUAGUCUUUGUUGCAGACAUGUCUAGACCCUGGACUGUUAUGGAGUCUUUACAGAAAUGGGCCAGUGUCUUGCAAGAACAUAUUGAUAAGAUGAAAAUUCCUCCAGAAGAGAUGAGAGACAUGGAACAGAAGUUUAUAAAGGAGUUUCAAGAGUACGUAGAACCUGAAGAAGGCUACCAGGGAUCACCACAGAGACGAGGUCCUUCUUCUGGCCAAGAGGAUGAACAUGUUUCUUUGCCGCUUGGAGAAAAUGUGCUGACUCACAACCUCGGUAUUCCUGUGCUGGUAGUUUGUACAAAAUGCGAUGCAGUGAGUGUACUAGAGAAGGAGCAUGAUUACAGAGAAGAACACUUUGACUUCAUUCAGUCACACAUUCGUAGAUUCUGCUUACAGUAUGGGGCUGCCUUGAUUUAUACAUCAGUUAAGGAGGAAAAGAACCUCGAUCUGUUGUAUAAGUACAUUGUACAUAAAACAUACGGUUUUCAGUUUACCACACCUGCCUUAGUGGUAGAAAAGGAUGCAGUUUUUAUACCUGCUGGUUGGGACAAUGAAAAGAAAAUUGCCAUUUUACAUGAAAACUUCACAACAGUGAAACCAGAAGAUGCAUAUGAGGACUUCAUUGUAAAACCUCCUGUAAGAAAGUUAGUCCAUGAUAAAGAGCUGGCAGCAGAAGAUGAACAAGUAUUUCUUAUGAAGCAACAGUCAUUCCUUGCCAAACAGCCAGCAACGCCUACAAGAGCAUCAGAAUCUCCUGCAAGAGGCCCUGCAGGAUCCCCAAGAACUCAAGGCAGAGCUGGUCCCGCCAAUGUACCCAGUGCCUCACCAAUAACAUCAGUUAAGAAACCAGAUCCAAAUAUUAAAAAUAAUGCUGCAAGCGAAGGUGUCUUGGCUAGUUUCUUUAACAGUCUCCUGAGCAAAAAGACUGGCUCUCCUGGGAGUCCCGGUGCUGGAGGAGUGCAAAGUACGGCCAAGAAAUCAGGACAAAAAACAGUUUUGACAAACGUUCAAGAGGAAUUGGAUAGGAUGACCCGCAAGCCAGACUCUAUGGUAACAACAAACUCGCCUCCAACAGAGAACGAAGCUUGAUAGCGCAUAAAAACUGCAUAUGUAAAUGACCAAAUAACUAUGUAUAUUGAUCUGAUAAGACCAGGAAUUUUCUGCUAUGGCAGAUGCUAUCAGUUUUCUUGGGGCAGGGGAAAUGAGCUUACUAUGUCAUUGCCUUGUCCCAGUAAAAAGUGCACAUUCAGGAAGUUUGCGUAUAAAAUCCCUCUGUAUAAGAUAACCAUUUAGAGUUUAUAUAGGGCAAUUCUUUUGGUUUUGGAGGUAAGCAGGUGCAGCUGCCUUUCCUGUUGUGAAGAACACAGAGAAGCAAAAUGGAGAAUACUUAUUAAAAUACUACUACUGACUGCACACGAGGAGAGAAAAAGAAGUGAAAUCCUCUUUCAGAGUUACUGGAAUUGGCUACUUGUAUGUUUGCAAAUGCAUUAUAUACUUGGAAAGGAGGUGGUGGUGGUGGUGGUACAGAGCAUUAAUUAGGUGAAAGAAGCCUGGGUAGGGAAUGGAGCCCUCAGCGGGGAACAGAUUUGGGACAGUGAGAAACUAGAACGUUGGAUUGACUGGAGAGGAGCAAUGUCGUGAAGCCCUGUGUUUCGCAUAGGGUAAAUUAUCACUGUUUUAAAAAGACUACUUUACAUUGGAGAAUUCCAGGCCAAACACUAAGCAUCACGGGAAUUUAUUCUUGUUAUAAACCUUGUUUUAGCUU